AUCUCAUUCAUCGCUCACCCACCAUUGGGAGUUACAGUGACAACGCACUACUGAGAAAACACAUAAAAACUACGUUCUAUUGUUUGUAAACUCAGUCACUCGACACGUUUCCUCAACGAAACAUCACAAUGGUGAAGGCACGCAAAUACGUCGUCAAGAAAGUCUUCGAAGGUUUGCCCAAACGAGAAGACUUCGAAAUUGUUGAAUACGAUUUACCACCGAUCAGGAAUGGAGAGAUUCUGGUCAAAACUGAGUGGGUGAGUGUGGACCCGUACAUGCGUGCCUACAAUGCACGAUUCCCGAUUCCAUACGACCAGUUCGGCUAUCAAGUCGGUGUAGUUGAAGAUUCAAAGGAUCCUAGAUUCCCAGUUGGCACCAGAGUUGUCUCCCAUACAGGAUGGUGUGACUACAGCAUAAUAGACACAAAUGAACCCCAACCUCCAGCGGGAAAGGUGUACAAAUUGCCAAACUUGCACGGUUUGUCGAAUUCCUUGGGAGUCGGUGCAGUUGGGAUGCCUGGUACUACAGCUUACUUCGCUUUUCUGGAAAUUUGUAAGCCUAAAGCUGGUGAAACAGUGGUUGUGACGGGGGCUGCUGGAGCGGUCGGCUCGCUGGUCGGACAGAUUGCUAAGAUCAAGGGCUGCAAGGUCAUCGGCUUCGCUGGCUCUGACGAGAAGGUGAAGUGGCUGGAAGAGAUCGGCUUCGACAAGGCGAUCAACUACAAGACUGCUGACAUCAAGACGGCUCUGCAGGAAGCUGCUCCUAACGGUGUUGACUGCUUCUUCGACAAUGUUGGUGGUGAAGUCAGCAGCUCAGUCAUAUACCAGAUGAACGACUUCGGCAGAGUAGCAGUUGUCGGCAGCAUCAGUUCGUACAAUGAGAGUCCUACUAAUAUUCCCAAAGCUACCAUUCUACAACCCGUCGUAGUUGCCAAAGAAUUAACAAUUGCAGGUUUUCGAGUUUGGCAGGCCCUUCACCGCCAAUCAGAUGCACAUAAUCCCCUAGUCAAGUGGAUACAGAGUGGAGAGUUGAAGCCCAGAGAACACAUCACUGAAGGCUUCGAAAAUAUCUACGACGCUUUUGUAGGAAUGUUGAAAGGUGAAAAUGUCGGUAAAGCUGUUGUUAAAUUGUAAGUUCAUUUUUCAAAAUUGCUGUUAUCUAGUCAAAUAAGUGUUGUUUAUUCUUAA